GAGCGUGGGUGGGAAGAGAAACGGGGCGAGUGGAAGGGCGCUGCCCAGCCGCGGGCCGCCAACUCCGUCGGAGACCCGCGGCACCCGUGCUGUGAGCGGCGGCUGCCAUGGCUCUGAGCAAAGGGCUGCGGCUGCUGUGGAAGCAGGAGCCGGGGCCGAGCGCUCUGCUGGAGGCGCGGGGCCGCCAGGACUGCUUGCUGCUGGAGGCCGGCACCAUGGCGGCGCUCACUCCAGAAGAAAAGGAUGCAAUUAAAGGACAAUAUGAAAAACUCAUGGAUGCUUAUGGCUGCUUAGGAGAGCUUCAGCUUAAAUCUGGUAACGCUCGGCUGCACUUUCUGGUCCUGGUGACGGGCUGUACGUCGGUGGGAAAAAUCCUGGACGCUGAAGUUUACAAAAUUACUGCAACAGAUUUCUGUCCUCUCCAGGAAGAAACAAAGGAAGAGGAGCGUGUAACUGCCUUGAGGAAAAUACUGAACUCUGGGAUGUUCUAUUUCUCCUGGCCUAAUGCAGGCUCAAACUUUGACCUGACUGUGCGAGCUCAGAAGCAGGGUGAUAACCUCUAUGAAUCCGGUAACUGGUUCUUCUGGAACCAGCUAUUGCAUGUUCCCUUCAAACACUACCAGGUGAACUGUUCAGACUGGUUGCUGAAAGUGAUCUGUGGUGUAGUGGAUAUUCGCACUGUUUACGCUUCCCACAAGAAGGCAAAAGCCUGCCUUAUCUCUCGGAUCAGCUGUGAGCGAGCUGCUGCUGCCCGGUUUCACAUUCGAGGGGUCAAUGAUGAUGGACAUGUGUCUAACUUUGUUGAGACAGAGCAGACAAUUUACUUGGACGACGAUGUCUCUUCCUUUGUGCAGAUCAGAGGUUCUGUUCCGCUGUUUUGGGAGCAACCGGGGCUUCAGGUGGGUUCCUAUCAUCUAAGGCUUAACAGAGGUCUAGAAGCUAAUGCUCCUGCUUUUGAUAGGCAUAUGAUGCUUCUGAAGGAGCAGUAUGGAAAACAAGUGAUUGUUAACUUGUUGGGAAGCAGAGGAGGAGAGGAGGUGCUCAAUAGAGCUUUCAAGAAACUGCUAUGGGCCUCUUCCCAUGCAGCAGACACUCCGAUGAUAAACUUUGACUACCACCAAUUUGCAAAAGGUGGGAAAACUGAAAAACUGGAAAAUUUACUGAGACCUCAACUGAAAUUGCACUGGGAAGACUUUGGCGUCUUUGCAAAGGGCGAGAAUGUAAGUCCAUGCCUGCAGACAGGUACUUUUCGAAUGAAUUGUUUGGACUGCCUGGAUCGUACUAACAGCGUACAGUCCUUCGUUGCGCUGGAGAUUCUGCUUACACAAUUGGAGAUCCUUGGGUUGAAUUCUAGAUCUAUAGUUGAGCGCUUUGUGGAAUCAUACAAAGCAAUGUGGACUCUCAAUGGUCACAAUCUGAGCAAAGUGUUUACUGGCAGCCGUGCCCUUGAAGGAAAACACAAGGUUGGGAAGCUCAAGGAUGGAGCCCGCUCUGUCUCUCGUACCAUUCAGUCAAAUUUUUUUGAUGCAGUAAAGCAGGAAGCCAUCAAGCUGCUUCUCAUGGGUGACUUCUUCAGUGAGGAAUAUGCAGACAAGGGCAAGAUGCUCAUGGAUCACACUGCACUGCUGGUAACUCCAAGUAUUCUGAAGGCCAUGUCGGAGCGUCAGUUUGAAUUCACAAGCUUCAAGCGUGUUCGUGUUGCCAUGGGGACCUGGAACGUGAAUGGAGGGAAGCAGUUUCGAAGCAACAUCCUUGGUACCAGUGAGCUGACAGACUGGCUGCUGGAUUCUCCAAAGCUCUCUGGAGUUUCUGAAUUUCAGGAUGAUGAGAAUUGCCCUCCUGACAUAUUUGCAGUGGGAUUUGAAGAGAUGGUUGAAUUAAGUGCUGGGAACAUUGUAAAUGCCAGUACAACAAAUAGAAAGAUGUGGGGAGAACAGCUUCAAAAGGCUAUUUCCAGGACUCAUCGCUACAUUCAGCUGACAUCAGCGCAGCUUGUUGGUGUUUGUCUUUUCAUCUUUGUUCGACCCUAUCACGUCCCCUUCAUCAGGGAUGUGGCAAUAGACACUGUGAAGACAGGAAUGGGAGGAAAGACUGGAAAUAAAGGGGCAGUGAGCAUCCGUUUCCAGUUCUACAGUACUAGUUUCUGCUUUAUAUGCAGUCACUUAACUGCUGGGCAGACUCAGGUGAAGGAGAGGAAUGAAGACUAUAAAGAAAUAACACAGAAACUCAGCUUCCCAAUGGGACGGAAUGUGUUCUCUCAUGACUAUGUCUUCUGGUGUGGCGAUUUUAACUAUCGCCUUGAUCUAACAUAUGAGGAAGUCUUUUAUUUUCUCAAACGUCAAGAUUGGAAAACGCUGAUGGAAUUUGAUCAACUACAACAGCAAAAAUCCAGUGGAAAAAUUUUUAAAGACUUCCACGAAGGGACUAUUAAUUUUGGACCAACAUAUAAAUAUGACGUUGGGUCGGAGGCUUACGAUACAAGUGACAAGUGCAGAACCCCGGCUUGGACUGACCGAGUUCUUUGGUGGAGAAAGAAAUUGCCCUUUGAAAAAACAGCUGGAGAGAUUAAUCUUCUAGACAGUGAUCUGAGUGCAGAAACUAAAGUCAGACACACCUGGACCCCUGGAGCCUUGAUGUACUACGGGAGAGCUGAGCUACAGGCAUCUGACCACAGGCCUGUGUUAGCUAUUGUAGAAGUGGAAGUCCAGGAAGUCAAUGAAGGAGCUCGUGAGAGUGUUUUCCAGGAAGUGUCAUCUUUCCAGGGACCACUGGAUGCCACAGUAGUGGUAAAUCUGCUAUCACCAGUGCCAGAAGAGAAAAAUGAUUUUCCUGAGGACCUGCGUACAGAGCUUAUGCAGAUGUUUGAGGAUUAUGGCACUGUUGUUCUGGUCAGGAUCAGCGGAGGCCAAAUGCUGGUAACAUUUGCAGACAGCAAGUCAGCACUUCGUGUUAUGGAUAUAGAUGGUAUCAAAGUCAGAGGCAGGACAGUGAAGAUCCGUCCCAAAACUAAGGACUGGCUGAAGGGACUUCAGGAGGAAAUAGCUCGGAAACGGGACAGUGUUGUCCCCAUGUCCCCCACUGCAAAUUCCUGUCUUUUGGAAGAAAAUUUUGACUUCUCGAGUUUGGACUAUGAUUCAGAAGGUGAUAUAGUGGAGGAUGAAGAUGAGUAUUUAGAUGAUGCUUUGUGUCAACACCUGGAAGCAGACGCAGCAGAAUAUUUGCCUGAUGGUUCUGGACACCUUUCAUCCACAGCUCUUUCAACCAAAUCUGGACAAAACUCACGGCUGUAUAAAGAUGAUGCAGACCUGGUUGAUUUGAAGCUGGACCUGGAGGCAAACGGGGAGCAUCACCGCAGGUCUCCAAGCAGGUCUCUGUCUGUUCCUAAUAGGCCUCGCCCACUCCAGCCCCCCCAGAGGCCUCCUCCUCCUGCUGGAACAUCAGGCAAAAAGUCUUCCUCAGACGGUUCCCUCUCUUCAGGAAGCCACUCCACCUGCUCCAUCCUGGCCACAGCAAAGCUACUGCCUGGAGCCCCUCAGCAGCCGCCUAAAGUUCGUACUGGAAUAAGUAAACCUUACAAUGUCAAGCAAAUCAAAACCACCACUGCUGAGGAAGCAGAAGAAGCUAUCAGAUGUCUUAUGGAAGCUAAAGGAGGAUUACAGGAAGAUGCACUGAAGCCUGCUCCAACUCGAAACCAAACGUUCACCAAACCUGAGCCUGUUCCCAGCAUCACAAAGUCCCUGUCCUUUCAGGGCCCACAGGCAGGACCAGCACUUGUGCCCCAUCGGCCUCCACCCAAAGUUCCAACUACGAAGAAGCCAGUACCCCUGCAAAGGGCUGGAGCCAAGAUGGAAAAUGCCACAUCUAGAGAAGAGCGAUUUGACCAGCAGACAAUACAGAAUCCCUUUGGCUUGCCAGAGCCCUGUCUAGAAGAUGCAGCUAUUCUCAGUCCGACCAAGAUUACUCCAGUCCCUAAGCCUAGAACAUCACAACCUGGGAAGCCUCAGGAGAGCAGGGGGAGCAGUGACAAGCGGCCCAACUCCCCAAGCACAGCUGAGGCCAACACACCGCCUCCCCAGAACGCUUCCUUCAUCCCAAAGGUGCCACCACGAAGAAAAAAGUCAGCUCCUGCAGCUCUUCAUCUGCAAGUUCUCCAGAGCAGCGACAACUCACUUCUUAGAGAGUUAAUGUUCAACUCCAACAACAACAAUCCUGGCUGCCCCCAGCCUCAGGACUCUGUCCUUCAGGUUGCCUCCACGUGCUCUGCCCUCUCAGUUCCUACACUCGCUGCCAGCCAAGGAAAUAACACAGUCCCACAGCUGGCACCCAGUACAGAAUUGAUUACUGUAGCAGAAGGCCAGCCUCCGCUGCUCUCGGAUAGCAGCUCCCUUGCAAAGAACACUAAUCUCUUGGACUUGGACACAGAUUCUUCCUGCCAUCUUUCCAGCCAGGUGCCGUCAGCAGUUUCUGCAGCACACAGUCCAGAAAACUUGAAACUCCCCAGUCACUGGGUGACAUUCAGUGAUGAUGAAGACAGUGGUGCACUGUCAGAAGGGUUCAACAAACUGCUUGACCUAGAACAAAACAAAAACAGCUUGGAGAAUACAAAUAAUAAUUUAGAAUUGUAGAACUCAUCCCCUCGAUGUUCCUGUAGAAGUACUAGUAAGAAUGCAAAAGUUUGCAUAAAGGUUUUUAUUUAAGGAGAUACAUCAUCUGUCCAUGCUACAUUUCAUUUUCAUUUUGUUUAAAGACAAAGAAACUGCCCCUGGAGGGAGGUGUACAGAAUAUAUACAACCUAAUGUUAUCCAGUUUGUUUGAGAAGUUCUUUAUUCUAAGUUAUUUCUUUUUAUUAAUCCACCCGAAGAUAUUUUAUUUCAGUUAGAAAUCAUAUGCAAGAACAUGUAUGGGGGAAAAAAAAGGUUAAUAAAAACAUUUUCAUUUGACAUGUAUAUAUUAACCUAUUUCUGUCACCUAAAAUAAAGUAGCCUUACCUUGAAUAGACUGCUAUAGUUAUUCUGGAACAGAUAUCCCCAGGAGGAACACAUAUCAGUGUAACUACAGCAGUAAUGCUGGUAUUAUUCUGCCAGUAAGUUUCCACCGUGGAAACAAGGCUUAGGCAUUAUCUGCAUAGAGAUAGCUGCAGUCCUGGCAGACCACAGUGCUUUCCUUGUUAAACUCAUUCUGCAUAGAAAGUAAAAUACAAGGUGUGGUUUCUGAGGCUGGGAAGCAGAAGCAUGAGCAGUGUUGCCUGAACAGCAGCAAGAAGGACCUGGUUUUGCUCCAGCUCAGGACAAUGACUGCUCCACUCCCCCCAUAUCAGAACAGGUCUCUUCUAAGUGCAGUUCUUUUAAUGGCUUAAGAACACGCCUCAGCUAUUCUGAAAUUAUCUGCUAGCCUGUCAAAAUAUUGCUCUGCCUGUAGGGAGACUAAUGGCACCUUUUGUAGUUUUCUUCCACUUUUCCAAAACACCAUCCUGGUCUUUGUUCUCAGCAAGCCUACCCUAAACAACACACGUACUUUCCACUAAAAUAGCAUAUGGACAAGGACAGUUCUUUUGGAACAUGCUGCUCUUGGAGCCUAACAACUUUAUUCCAGUGCAACUCAGGCUGUCAGACCCUGAAGCUAAGCCACAAGAUACACAACUGGGGAUAGCAGAAUCAUCCUCUAGAGAUUAAGGCUCUCUCACAGCCCAAUAGGGAGCUCAGCUUGGAGCUACCUGGUGUGCUUCUAGGGAUAGGAUGCAGGCAGCUGCAUCAAAGACUAGAGAAUUCUAAGAAGCAUGCAUAAGCCUGCUGUUUAGGUGCACUAUGCAUCUACACAGGGAGUGCCCUAGGAGGCAGUCUCAGCACACACUGUGAGGCUGUACACAAUAAUCUGUUCAGUGUGGGUUCUUGCAAGCAAAAGGUUUAAAAGAGAAGAAGAUCAUGUUUUGUGGUUCAGAACAUGAUAAUCUAGCAGGGGAAGCAUCACCCCAGUUACAACUUCAGAAACUCCAAGCAAGCAUUCCUAUGUGCCUGCUCUGCUCCUCCCUGGCAUUUUCCAUCAGUCUGCUGGGCCCAUGUUUCAGGUGAGUUUAUCUGUCACUUACUCUGGUGAGCUCAUGCAGUGGUGCUGCUCAGCUCAGAGCAGGCAUGAGCUUCUUCAUGGAGCCAUUACUCGUUUAUCAGCAAGCCAGCAGUCAACGCUUCUCAGAAGGCCAUGAUUUCAGUGAGGAUAUCCAUGCUGCAACUGCACAGGAUCUCACCUGCCCCGAGCAGUACCGCUGUGCAGCACAGAUGCCAUUUGUUUGUCAUCUUGUCACAGUAACUUGUUGAUUUAAUAACAAAAGAUCUUAACUAUUUAUUUUUCCUUCUUCCUACAGGAAGAUUUUCUGACUGACUUGUUCUCAGCUGCUUGGAAACUGCAAUUCAGCAGCCUUCUGACUUCACUGCCACGUGUUCUGUGCCUCGCUGCCACGAGCACAAGAGUGCACACAAGGCACCCGGUAAGAGGCUCCUGCCUUUCUCUGUGCACCCUCCUCCUCUGCUCCCUCAUUUGCCAGACACUUCAAAACAAAAAAAUCCCAAAAAACUCAAAAGACAAAUGCAUGAAACCUUGAGUUGAGCUUCUUGUAGAAGUGUCAGGUUGGUGAAGCAGGAAGAAGCAGCUGGUCCGUUCCUCACACAGAGUCUCAGACUCCUCAAAAAUACAGCGAUUAUUUAUGGACACAUAUCAGUACAAAACAUCAAGAGCAGUAAAAAAGAAAGUACGUUAUAUGGCCAUAUCCACCUGCAAAGAUAAUUAACAGCUCUAGGACAGCUAAUUUAAAUGGUAAUGAAAGUAAGUGGUAGCAAGAACGCCCAUUAAAGUAGAUUUAUACAAGUCAAAUAAAGCCUACUUUAUUACUCUCUCUGAACACAAGUAUGUGGCCUCUAGCAUUCUAAGUGAUGGCUGCAUCUGUGGCAAGCUGCCCAUUAAAAGAGUCCCUGUAGCUAACUGGUUGGUGCUGUCAGCAACAGCACAUCCCUGUCAGUCACAGCACCUCAGCAGAAAGAAAGAAACAUCCCAGCUGAAACAGCAGCAGCACAGAGGGAGCAACGUGCUGCCUUGAGAUGUUAUCCUUCCUGCCUGUGCCCAGUGCCAAGUGCUUUUCAGAGGCAGGUGUUCAUGACCUGCAUUCUAGUUUUAAUGGUCAGGACAAACUAAGCAGGGCCAGACUCCCUCUGCAUUUGUGAAACCAUCACAGAACACUGCAGGAGGUGAGGAUUCUUCCCUCUAAUCCUCGCCUAAGCCUGCCCUCCCCACAAGAUGAGCAGAGGAACCCAACGUUGUAACUAUCUUCUCUUUUUUACUAUUGAGAGAUGUUUUCUUCAGCCUCCUGCUCACACCACACUACACCAGUGCUAUUUCCACCAGGGUAGCAAUGGCAUGUAUUUCACAACUUUCCUUCAGGAAAAACAGAAAAAAACCAAUGUAUUUAACCAGUAGCCUGCCUGGAAGGCUGUUUGAUUUCUCCUUUUAGCCUCAUGAGCUUUUUAGGCAGAACAUAACUGAAAGAUAAAGAGAACCAAAAAACCUAAAAUAUUUACUGGAAUUUUCACUCAGAAAAUUGUCUAAAACUGAUAGUUUAACUGGAGUGAAAACUUCUCCUUUCCUGGCCAGCUAUAUUGCCCAGCACCACAGAACACAAACCACAGAGAAAAGAAACCCUCCUUGCACAAGUGUGAAAACAGCAAUCAGAACUUGAUUACUACCAGAAAAAUUACUACUAGAUAAAUAUCACUACUAGAGUGCUGGAUAGUCCCAAGAGCAAAGACUGACCCACUCCUUAUGAACACUCCCUUCCCAUCUUACCACUUGCGUCCCACCGUGCAGAUGAACUACCAGCAUUCACAGCCCUGGCCACAUCUGCUGCUGGGUUUCCAGCUGGGAUGGGAUUAAGGGCACAGUUUGAAUCCUAUGAAUUUAUACAAAAACACUCUUUGGAAUUAACGUGACGCUAGGGAAGCGUAAGAACUUAAAUUUCUAAUGGGAAGCAGACAAGAAUGCCAGAUGCCACCCCAUUUGCCCUCUGGGUCUAGAACCAAUGUCUCUAUAUGGCUGAAGCAGCCCUUUUGCAAAACCUAGAAGCACAACCAAAAAAAUUCCCCAGUCUGGCAAAACCACAAUGACCAGCUGUGACCCCACUUCUAUGCCUUCUACCUUAGAUGAAGGAUAAACAUUACAUUCUUCCAGCAGACCAUCUCUAAGGAACAGGUCUUCAAUAAAUAUAAGCAUGAAC